CUCUCGAGGGUGCAGAGGGCCGGAAGCCCUCCUGGGGAGUUAGUGCCGGGCAUAGGUAAAGGACCGUAGGACGAGGCCAGGGAAUCCCACUGGAGGGACAGAGCCUGCAACUCCUUCCCUGUGGCGGUUUCUACUCUUCCAGGUUCAGGAGCGUGCAGUGCUAGCUGCGAGAGACCACAGCGGCGGUGGAGGGGAUGGCCGCGGGAGACUUGUGCCAAAGGCCAGAGGAGAGAGGGGAAGGCAGGAGAGGCUGCCCUCCUGCUGUGUCAGGGAGAGGGCAAACAAACCUGUGAGGGAGUGGCCCUUGGCCAGGGAUCAGAGGACAGCAGGGCCAUUUGGAGCCUUGCCAUCCACUUCUUUUAUCACUUCAUUAAGUAGGAAGAUUCUUCCAGCUCUUCUAGCUCAGCAGUGUACAAAGUCAGCAGUGUACGCGGUGGGUAUCUCCUGUGACCACCUCCCCACUAGUGUUGGGAACAGGGCAAUCCAGGUGACCCAGGAGGUUUUAAGCCCUUGCUUUCUAGGUUUAGAAUCUCUCGUCUUUCACCAACUGGGCAUUUGAAUUUGACUUUUCAUUCUUCAGUGCACAUGCUCAAGGUCACAAAACUAGCCAGUGGCAGAGCUGGGCCGCAUCUCUGGGACUCCCACCCCCUCUUUUUUCCCUUAUGCCUGUGGUCUGUAGACCAGCAGCACAGGCAUCGCCUGGAAGCUCUUUAGAAGUGCAGACUCUUAGGCCCUAUGCCCCAUCCACUGACCCAGAGUCUGUUUAACGAGAGCCUCAAGAAUCCAUGUGCACACUGAAGUCUGAGAAGUGCUCUAGAGCUCACCUCAACCAUAUAAUCUCCUGCCUGCCCACCUCUGUGCUGCUCUUGUUGAAGUCAUAACCACUUCUCUGGCAUGGUUGGGGUUAGUGCUUUUGUUUUAAGGCUUUAAAAAUAGUAUGAUACAAAACCCUAUAAUAGAGGGGCUUUCUGAAUAUGCUCAGAGACCUAAGAAGCACCGAGGGCAGCUUCUCAGGAAGAGCUGGCUUCUGAGCUGCAUUCCUGAGGAUUGGGGGAGAGUGUAACUUCUUCCCCUUCAAGUCGUAUAUCCCUCCGUGGCCUUGCCCUGGGCCUUGUUUUGUAUUGCUAACCUGCCUUUUACUCACACGCUACAUUUAAAGUUCCUUGAAGUUCUUCUCCCUGUUUAUAUUUUCAAAAGGCCUCCGUAGAGGACCUGCAUGUUGGAGGCCCAGUAAAUAACUCUCCAAUGGAGUCACACUUCACCUACCUAUGUCCUGCUGUGGCCUAUGGACAGGUGGGGGCCUCACACAGCUGAGUACAAGGGCAUUUCUCUCUGAUGUGGGCAGGCUAGAGGCUGCCCCUCAGCUCCCUUUGGCCCAGCUCAGUCCCCAGAACCGUGGAGGUGACAUGCUGCCUGUGUAGGGGUCUCCAGCUUGGGGAGCCUGGGAGCUGUAAAUCCCAUGAGGGUGAGCCUUCCUCAUGGCUCCUUUUACCUUCCUAGUUCUCCCUUCUCAGGACCCUACUCUUCCUCCAGAGAGAAACCAGGGAGAAAAGGGAACAGCCAGUUUAUUCCUGAAAGCCAGGCCCCAGGACCUGAUGACAUUUGAGGAUGUGGCUGUGGAAUUCACCCAGUGGGAGUGGGGGCAGCUGGACCCUGCUCAGAAGGACCUGUACCGAGAGGUGAUGCUGGAGAACUUCAAGAACCUGGCCUCUGUGGGGUUUCCAGUGUCCAAACCGUAUAUCAUCUGCCAGUUGGAGGAAGGGGAAGAGCCAUGCAUAUCGGAGAGAGAGAUCUCAACAGGUGACCAUUCAGACUGGGAGAGAAGGCCUAAAGCCAAGGAAUCAAUACUAUGUCAGGGAAUUUCCAAAGAAGAAUCAUUCCAGGUACCACCAGUGGAAAAACACAUUAGAGAUGAACUCUGGUCCUCCAAACUGAAAGCAGCCUGUGGUUGUGAUGAGCAGUUAGAGAUGCAUCCAAAAAAACAGGAACAGCAUCUGAAAGAAACGUCACUCAUUCACAAAUCUACCACCCUUAGGAGAGAUCAUGAAUGGAGUGAAUUUGGGAGAAGUUUAGGCUUAAGAUCAGUCUUUGUUAACCAACAAGGUGUUCCCACAGGAGAAGGAUCCUAUAAAUGUGAUACAGAAUUCAGACAGACUUCAGGGAGAAAUAACUCUCAGAGAACCCAUCCAGGGAAGAAAUCUUGUAAAUGUAACGAAUGUGGGAAGUCCUUCCACUUCCAGUCAGAACUUAGGCGCCAUCAGAGAUGUCACACUGGAGAAAAGCCCUAUGAAUGCAGUGAAUGUGGGAGAGCCUUUGGCCAUAUUUCAUCCCUUAUUAAACAUCAGAGGACUCACACUGGAGAAAAGCCCUAUGAAUGCAGUGAAUGUGGGAGAGCCUUCAGCCAGAGUUCAUCUCUUGUUCUACAUUAUAGAUUUCAUACUGGAGAGAAACCUUACAAAUGUAACGAAUGUGGAAGAGCCUUUGGUCAUACUUCAUCCCUUAUUAAACAUCAGAGAACUCAUACUGGAGAAAAGCCCUAUGAAUGCAGGGAAUGUGGGAGAACCUUCAGCCAGAGUUCAUCUCUCAUCGUACAUUAUAGAUUUCAUACUGGAGAGAAACCCUACAAAUGUAAUAAAUGUGGGAGGGCCUUCAGCCAGAGUUCAUCUCUCACUCAACAUUAUAGAUUUCAUACUGGAGAGAAACCCUACAAAUGUAACGAAUGUGGAAGAGCUUUUGCUCAUACUGCAUCCCUUAUUAAACAUCAGAAAAGUCAUGCUGGGAAAAAACCCCUAUGAAUUCAGCAACUGUAGGAAGGCUAGAGUACAUACCCCACAAAACCUGAGAGAAUAUAUGUUAGAGAGAAACCCUCUAAGUGUCAUGUGUGUAGGAAGACACAUCUUGUGUGUUGGAGGACACAUCUUGUUUGACAUCAGACAGGACACACUAAAGAUAAGCUCUAUUGGUAUCAAGAGAAGGUGGGCUUUCAGUCUCUCCUCCUCCCUAUCAAACACCAGAGAAUGCAUACUAGUGAGAAACCAUGUGAAUGUAAUGAAUUUGGAAAGGUUUGGUCAGAGGACACACAUUUUUCAACAUCAGACAGUUUACACUGGGGAGGAGCCUUAUCAGUGUAAUGAGUAUGGCACAGCCUUCAGUCACAUGUUGUUCCUAAAAAAAAAUCAGAUAACUCAUACUAGAGAGAAACUCUGCAAGUGUGGUAAAAGCCGUCAGUAAUACUUCCUUUUCUAAGCAUCAAGAACACACACAAGAGAAGCCCUAUGAAAGCAGUAAAUGAAGGCCUUCAGUCAGAGCUCAUCCUUUAAGCAACAGAGAAUUCAUUCUUGAGAAAAACCCUAUGGAUAUGGUGAAUGUGGGAGAGCCUUUAGCCAAACCUCUUCCCUUUAUAAGUAUCAGCGAACUUGCCCUACUAAUUAGAAUCCCAGGGAAUGUAAUGCACUUGGGAAAGCCUUUGAUGGAUGUCUGCCCUUUUUGCACAUCAGAGAAUUUGUACUAGGGUGACUCUGAAUUUAGUGAAACUUGGAAAACCCAGUGGUAUGAUAGUUCAGGCCUCAGCAUACAUUAAGGCUUCACUCAUAAGAGAACCCCUGGGAGCUUAAUGAAUGUGAGGAAAGUUCCUUCAGACUGGCCGUUCAUGAAACUAGAGCUGAAAGGAAGCUCAGGAGUUGCCCAGUCUGGUGAUUUUCUACUUGGUGGGGACUGUUUUUGUCACCGCGCUGUGCUCUGCCUCCCCAUCCUGUUACUGAUGGGAGCAGGGGUGUUAUUGUGUGGGUGAGGACAAUGGAGGCUGAGGAAGAAAGAGAGCCACGAGUGAUCUGGCCUAACCAUAUUUUAGAGCUAAGGAAACUGAUCUUCAGAAAGUGCUGUGCCCUGGCCUACACACCCACCCGGGCUGGGCCUCUUCCUCCUGUUCACAGCUGUAGUUGGGGGAUUGAGAGACUGCAGGCCUUCCCUGUACAAAACCUCCGGGCACUUGUUGCCUGUAAUACAUGUUACCUGUCUUUAAGAGGCAACGGAGUGGGAUUUCAAAGUCUGAGCAAGAAGCAGUUUUUAUUAGAUCUUUAUGCUACUGGAUUUGGAGUUUUUGAAAUAAAAUGACAACUUUUUUAAACAUCAAAGUAACUAAAAUAUGGGUAUUAUUAAAAAAAAAUCAAAACCUCAAAAACAUUAUUCUAAGUGAGGGUAGCCAGAUGCCAGGGACCACAUAUUAUAGAGUUCCAUUUAUAUGAAAUGUCCAGAAAAGGCAAAUCUUCAGAGACAGUACAUUAGUGGUUCCUGAGACUAGGAGUGACUGCACGUGUUCAAAGGAAUCUUAUUGGGGUGGUGGAAAUGUCCUAAAAUAGGAUUAUGGUGAUGGUUGAACAAUUUGGUAAAUAUGCUAAAAAUCAUUGAAUUGUACAUAUAAAAUGGGAUGAUUUUUAUGGUAUGUAAAUAUACCUCAAUAAAAUUGUUUUUUAAAAAGUCAAA